ACGACACGUAAGGAGGAGUGCCUCUCGGGAGAACUUCAAUGGAAAACUGACCCCUAUUUAGGUGUUACAAACGUGAAGAAAACUAGGAAAAUUCUACGUUGUCAGCCCGUCGGCGAGGCGCAAACUCACGAAAAACUACAAAUGUUCGGUUUUUUUUCACUCAGCUACUAGUGGGCAACUUUAAAAGGCCUCCAAUCCUGUUCAUUGCGGGUUGGACCAUAUCCAUAAUGGUGAGGGAUGGGGCUCAAAGUAUCUGGGACAGAGCUUUCAUGAAAAAUUCUUGGAGACUUGCUCGCAUGGAUUCGAUCCCGACUCCUCCAGAGAGGUGGGCCGAGACCUUCACAGCCACGACCUUCAUCCUUUAAUUAUUUUUACACACGAAGAAUUUCAAAAAUAAAUAAAUAAAAGUAAAACCAAAAAUUAAUCAUUAAAAUUUUCUAUCUUCGUCAAUUAACGCGUAACAAAGAAACUCAACAAUUGAUCUUUCAUUGUUUUGCUCUUUUGUUGCGAAGAGUGCGAUUUCGAGUGAUUUAAAAAUGUUUUUUGAUUCUGGCGAUUAUCGACCCUUGUCUCCACCCUUGGGUGGGCGAUUGGUUGAAGAUAAGGAGGAUCAUGGAUUAGAUAAUAACGAUAUGGUUCCUCCAACAAAGAUGAAAAUGGAUAAAGAUUUUAGAAAGCAGGAGGAUAGCAAAGAGAAUAGUUUUGGCUAUACUAUUGGCUAUACUAUUGGAUAUACUAUUGGAUGUGCUAUUAGAGAUAGAAAGGCAUUGAAAAAAGCCGGUUCUUUCUUCAAGGCAGUAUGGAAACCAGUCAAGAGAUCAGCGCAAAAGGUGUGGAAAAACAUGAAGACUGGAGAAACUGAAUACGUUCAGUUUGAAUAAGGAUCUCUUUUUCUCCAUCAUUGAAUCAAGUAUAGGAUUUAUCUGCUUGAUUUCGUCCGACUUCGUCUCGGAUUUUAGAAGAAAUUUAGAGAUUUUCAUCUCUA